UCCUACUACCCCCCAUGCUGCUGUGGGCAUUGCUAUUGAUGCUUGGUUUGGUCAGCAGACAAGCUUCUUUUGCAAAGAAAGCCGUGGUGUACCUCAGCCCUCCAUGGACCACUAUCUUCCAAGGGGAGAAAGUGACUCUGACUUGCCAUGGAUUCAACUCCUCCAAACCAGGGACAACAUGGUGGUACAAAAACCAACGAUGGCAAAAUAAAUGGUCUACAAACAGCAUUGAGACUAAUCAGACUGGAAAAUAUGCAUGCCAGACCCAGGACUCAGACCUCAGUGACCCUGUGAACCUGGUAGUCUCUUCUGAUCCACUGAUCCUGCAGACCCCAUAUUCCGUGUUUGAAGGAGAUACAUUGGUCCUGAGAUGCCGAGGACGUGAUGCUAGGACAGCCAGAAAUGUGACAUACUAUAAGGAUGGAAGCAUUUCUUCUUAUUUCCUGAGACAAUCUGAUUUCUCCAUCCCACAAGUUGGCUUAAGUUAUAGUGGCAACUAUCACUGCACAGGAGUUGUUCUUCUUUUUUUAUUCUCUCAGGAAAAAAGUUCGAGCCAUGUACAGCUCCAAGUCCAAGAACUGUUUCCACCCCCUGAGCUGAAAAUCACAACCUCUGAGCCCAUUGAGGGGACCUCAGUGACCCUGAGCUGUGAGACCCAGCUCCCUCCACAGAGGUCAGACACCAAGCUCCACUUCUCCUUCUUCAGAAAUAGCAGAGUCAUUGCAUCAGGCUGGAAGAAGUCUCAGGUGCUCCAGAUCCCAGCCAUCUGGAGGGAAGACUCAGGGUUAUACUGGUGUGAGGCAAAAGCCAUGACUCAGAAUAUUUGGAAACAGAGCAACCAUGUGAAGAUCAGUGUGAAAAGUAUCCCCAUUUCUGGCAUCGUCAUGGAGACCCAGCCCUCCAGUGGGCAGGUGACUGAAGGAGAAAAGCUGGUCCUCAUCUGCUCAAUAGCUCAGGGCACAGGAAGCAUCACAUUCUCCUGGCACAGAGAGGGCAUUAAUACAAGUUUGGGAGAGAAGACUCGACAUUCUCUGGAGGAGAAGUUUGUGCUCUCUGCUGUGAAUGAGAGUGAUGCAGGGAAGUAUUACUGCACUGCUAACAAUGGCAUCAACACCAUCAGCAGCCAGAGAGUGAAUGUCACCGUGCAAAUUCCAGUGUCUCAUCCUAUUCUCACUCUCAGUGCAGCUGGGAUGCAGGCUAUAGUGGGGGAAGUGCUGCAGUUUCAAUGUGAAGUCCUCAAAGGUUCUGCUCCAAUCUUUUAUCAGUUUUAUCAUAAGGGUUUAGUCUUGAAGACGAUCUUGGCCCCGUUUGGAGGUGCAGUAUCCUUUAACCUCUCUGUGACAACUGAGCAUUCUGGGGAUUACUCCUGUAAAGCCAACGAUAGCUUCAGUAGCCAGCUCAGUGAGAUGCUGGAACUCUCUAUCCUGGACCCCGCAGAAAGGGGCCUACUCAUCAUGGGAGUCGUUGUGUCCUUGCUCGGCAUCUUGGGUCUUGUGGCUAUUGCCAUUCUGGUUUACUUCAAGCUCAAGAGAAAGGGAGGAAGAAGUCCUGUCUCUGAGCCUUCCAGGGACCGACCUAUCACAGACCCCCAAGAAUCUGGCCACUCAAACUCAGUCCCCCCAGUGGAGCUGCAGCCAAUAUAUGACAAUGUGACUCCAUUCAUUGAGGACGUGGUCUAUACUGAAGUAUGGAAUAUGCAGCACGGGAAAAUAAACACAGCAGAUACCUCAGAGACCCUUCCGGAGGACAAGGACUCAGUCACGUAUUCUGAGGUAAAGACACAUAGCCCUAAUGACUCAAGAGGGAAAGAUAAGUCCAUGGACAGGAACCAUGAAGAUGGUACAGAAAACUAUGAAAAUAUCCUGCUCUCCUGA